AAUCCAAAACGGCGCCAAAAACAAUACAAAAUGGCGACGAUGAUGGACACGCAGCCCGAUGCGAGCCAAACCAACACAUCCACGCUGAGCAAUGGCACCACGACAGCUCAUUCCCACGACGCUGCUGGGGCGGCAGCGAUGGGACUCGGUCAGGCAGAGCAGCAGCGUGCUGCUGCGGCAAGCCAACCGCCAGCCACCGGUCUGCUGCGACGCCCACUGCCGUACGACCCGGCGACCCUCGAGUGGGACUACAUGCACGCGACCAAUGCGCAAAAGUCGUACUGCUACUGCGGCGGCGAUCGCAACGCAAUGUCGCAGCUGCUCGAAGUCCAGUGCUUGCACUGCCGCAACUGGUUCCACCCGGCGUGCCUGUCCAACCGCGCGCUCGGUGAGUCGAUCGCGGCGUCCACUGUGGCAUUCGUCGGGAACUAUGUCUUUCACUGCGAGAACUGCGCCGCCGCCGCCGCUGCUGCUGCCUCAUCGUCCUCGUCUAACACCACCGACGGUCUGUUGCCGCCGAGCGCAGAGUACUUUGAACGAGUCAUGUCAAACAAGAAGGACACUACAAUCACAGCGGUGGCCAACCUCAUGGUCAGCAAGGUGCUUGCAAGCGGCGGCACACUCGCACUGGAAGACGCGUACUCGGAUCGCAAGGAGGUGAGCGCAUUCAUUGAAUCCAAGUGGACCCAGCUGGCCACAGGUCGCUCGCGCUUGAACAUGUCGGCGGUCGGCCAAUGCCUGUCGGAAAACGCAGUGUUCACGGCGUUGAACAACAACACGCGCGGUGUUCAUGCGAGCUAUCGGUUGACCUACACCAGCCUGCUCUUGCUCACGCCAGACUAUGAGAAGAGCAAAAAAAAUCUGACGGCAGUUGGCACUGCGCUGGCGCUUCCACCAGACACCUCCGCGGCGCCGGAUGCUGCCAACCUUGCCAGCAAUGCUGUGACCUCAAAGCGGAAAGCCGACCCUGCUGCUGGCAUCCAAAAGAAGACACGCAAGAUGCCGACUCCGCUAACAGCCGCAAUGCUACCAACGAUUGAUCACCCAAUGAACAAACUCAACUUUCGGUACACUUACGCCGAGCCCGAUCCUUUCAGCACGACGGAAGCCUUCCGCGUGGCUCAUCCAGACGAGCACACUGUACUCAUGUCGCUGCACGAUCGCGCUCCCCAAUUGCACAUUGAAGCCAAUCGACUGACCAUCACGGGCGAGAAAGGCUAUAGCGCCGCGCGUGCAGCCGUCGGGGUUGACAAAGGCUGCUGGUACUUUGAGGUGAAUGUGCUCAAGCCGGUUGAGGAAGGCCAUGCGCGCCUCGGCUGGUCGCAAAAAUAUGGAAAUCUCCAAGGGCCGGUCGGCUUCGACUCGUUCAGCUAUAGUUACCGUGAUGUUGAUGGUAGUAGGUUCCACGAGAGCCGAGGUCAGCCGUACGGCCAGGGAUACGGUCCUGGGGAUGUCAUUGGAUUGCUGAUCGACUUGCCGACAACCGCUCAGCCAUCGACCGACGAGCUUGCGAGAGAUUUUGGAACUCUCGUCGACUACAAGGGGUUUGUGUACUACGAGGAAAACGUGACUGUGCCCAAGCAGCACCCCGAGCCGCUGCAGGCGAGUUGCAUUGAAUUUUUCAAGAAUGGAAAAUCUCAAGGGGUGGCUUGGUCGAAUAUUGGCCAGGGCACCUACUUUCCUGCAGUGUCUUUGUUCCGCGGUGGACGUGUCAAAGUCAACUUUGGUCCCGACUUUAAGCACUUUCCCACCAAGGUGUCGCAACUCGGCGCGAGCGAUCGCCCUCGAAAUUUGCCACGUCCCUUUUCUGAAGCGGCUCACCAGCAUAUGGCCAGUUUGGUGAUGCACAACCUUCUCAGCAAGUUUGAUCUUGCGUCUUGUCCCGAGGACGAGCGCCGGAAAGCCGACGCGGCUGCCACCGCCUCCGCCGCAGCUACAGCAGCCGCCACAGCCGCGGCCUCAGCAGCAAUGGCAUUAGUAUCAGCAGCCUCGAGCUCGUCGGCGGGCGCCGCAUCAGCUCCGGAUGUGAAGCACAGCGCCCUCGUUCUUCCAUCCGCCACUUCAACUCCAGCAAGCCGUCCCGGUUUCAAUGCAUUGCCUCACGCUCCUCCUGCUGCUUCUCCCUCGUCUUCCUCUCUACCACCUCAGGCCAUGUACAAUCCUGCCGUAGGCCAUGCACCCUGGGGCCAGCCAACAUUGAUGGCGCAGCCAGUUCUGAUGCCCCAUCAGCCGACACAACCUUUGCGUCAACAAGUGUUUGCGCAGGCCGCCGAAGCCCAUCACCAAGCUGCCGGUAUCUACACUCCAUCCCCUGGCGCAUACGGCCAGCCGGCUUACCACGCCCCAGCCCAAGUCAUGUAUCAUUCGCACGCAGCACCGUCGUCGUUCGGAACCGCCCCAGGCCCCUAUGGUGGGAAUCCGAGUGCGUAUGGCGGCCAGCAUCCUCCUGCCGAGUAUGGUGGCUCAUCUGGGAUGCGUCUGCAAUGA